AUGUUAGAAAGGUACUUGAAGGAAAAGGGAUUGGAAUUAAAUGUUGGAAAGACAAAGGUGAUAAGAUUUAGGAAAGGAGAGGAAGAGAGAAAAGAGCGGAGUGGUGGUGGAAAGAGGAAAGGUUGGAAGAGAUAUGGCUUUGUCGUCGCAGUUACAACAAUAGACAAUAUAGGAGCUGGUAUUAUACAACCAGGACAAGGUUUUGUAGUAUAUCCAGUAAAGUAUAAGGCCAUUGUAUUUCGUCCUUUUAAAGGUGAAGUAUUAGAUGCAAUUGUUACGCAAGUAAACAAGGUCGGAAUGUUUGCAGAAAUAGGACCAUUAUCUUGUUUUAUUUCUCAUCAUUCAAUCCCUGAAGACAUGCAGUUUUGCCCAAAUGUAAAUCCAGCUUGUUACAAGUCAAAAGAAGAAGAUGUUGUAAUCCAGGCUGAUGAUGAAAUCCGAUUGAAGAUAGUGGGUACUAGAGUUGAUGCCAAUGGAAUUUUUGCUAUUGGAACGUUGAUGGAUGAUUAUCUAGGUCUUGUAUGUAAUUAAUAAAUCUGCAGUUGUUUCAUCUAAACAUUAAUGUGUAUGUGUGUGGGAAUAUAUAACAUUUAUUCUACCGAUGGAAUUGAUUUUAUAUUACAAUCAGAGUACU